GAUUGCUUCGCGAAUUGUUUACAUUUGGACUUUUCAUGCUUCCGAUUGAAUUUUCAUCAUUCAUGUGUUAUGGUUUAUCUUAUUCAAUAGCUGUUGCGAAUUUUUGUUUCAAAGAAACAUUAGCUAUAUUUUUAUUAUGGCGACUUCGACAAAUAGAGCACCGUAAUUCUGACAAAUGGAUCAGUUUAGUUUUAUUAUUUAUAAGGACAAUAGCACAAUUAACCCAAAUGGCAUUAUCGAGACCAGAAGUUAUUGUUGAUAAUGGACCCUCAGCCUGUAAUCCAAAUCCUAACUCGGCUAAAGUUUCUGUUUGGGCUGUGAAUGCUUGUGAUUUUUUUAUUGAAAUAUAUGUGACAGUUCGUCUUAUCCAAAUUCUUAAAAGAGCAAACCGUAAUGCGGCACAAAUUAGCUCAAGCAUGGAUAGAAAGACAAAACGUACCUUAUUUACUGCCGUCAUGUAUUGGAAUUUCUUACGAUUAGCAAUUGCUUUUGUAAUAAGUGUAUUUGCUUCAGCUUAUACUGAAUUUAUUUCCAAUUUAAGUACUACCCAUAUAGCUAUCGACGGAGCAAUUUCUGGUAUCUUUAUUAUAAUAAUGUCUUAUGUUAUAACUGUUGAUGCUGAAAUUGUGCGAGUAAUUGAGGGGAAAUCCAAAAAGAGAAGUAAUAAAAGCAGUUCAGAGAAAAGUGUACCAGGAAUGCCAUAUGUGCCAAAGACUUAUCAAACGAAAUCAUCUCAUAUUCUUCCUAAAUAUACAUCCUCGGAGCAAGAAGGAAAUAAUGAUGAUAUUAUUGUAUCAAUGAAAAGGUUAUCGUUUUUUGAGUGGGCAAAUUUAGUUUUAGGUUUUCGUCGCGAUAACGAAAAAAACUUUAAUGAGGAAGAUGUAGUAGAAAUAAUUGACGGACCUUCAGAUUUCGAGAGUGUAAAUAAAAAAAAUGAUAAGAGGUGA